CACGUCCAGUUUGUGUGUGUGCGUGUGCGUGUGUGCGUCAACCUCCCUGGAAACUAACGGGCAUUGCAUAGGGAAGAUGUUUAGCCAAAAAUGAAUUAGCGAGGAGCAGGUGCGCAGAAGUGUGUGCGCACGGGGCAGGCGAGGCAGGCGAGGCGGCGCGGCGGGUGUGGGGCGGUCAGGCAAGCCCUCAGUGAGUAACAUGACGCGGGGGUGAGCGUUUGUGUGCCGCGCCGCUCCGCAGGGCCCGCCAGCCUGCUCCCUUCAUUCCGUCCAGUGUGCGAUGCCUGAGGGGCGAGUGACGCAGGAUGCUUCGCUUCUUCAGCAAGCGUGUGGGGCGCCACGCUCAGAAGUACAAGAAUGUGGAGGACUCGUAUUCACACAGCAGUCCGCCAUUGAAAUACAAACAUCAAAUCCCUUGUAAAAUCCUUCUCCUGGAUGACACUGACCUCGCAUUUGAUGUCCCGAAAAAGGCGUUGGGGCAGGAGCUGUAUGAACGUGUCUUCUACUCUAUGGACAUCAUUGAGAAGGACUACUUUGGCCUGCAGUACACAGACCACAACCACGUGCCGCACUGGCUAGACCCAACAAAAUCUAUCAAGAAGCAAGUGAAAAUCGGACCGCCGUAUACAUUUCGGUUUAAAGUAAAAUUCUACAGUUCAGAGCCGAACUUGCUACGAGAGGAACUGACGAGGUACCAGUUCUUCCUGCAGCUGAAGCAAGAAAUACUCACCGGCCGACUUGAUGUGCCUUACUCAUCAGGGAUUGAAUUAUUUGCUCUUAGUCUUCAGUCCGAACUUGGUGACUACGAUGAGGAGGUCCACACGCCAGGCUUUGUCUCAGAGUUCCACUUCUGCCCUGGCCAAACAGACUCCAUGGAGGAAGACAUACUGGAGAAAUACAAGGAAUACAGUGGCCUCACUCCAGCCCAGGCGGAACAGAGUUACCUCAACAAAGCCAAGUGGAUGGAAAUGUAUGGAGUUGACAUGCAUACUGUGCUGGGGAAGGACGGCCAGAGUUACCGGCUUGGUCUGACCCCGACCGGCAUCCUGGUGUUUGAGGAAGAGACGAAAAUUGGGUUGUUUUUCUGGCCCAAGAUUACGAAACUAGACUUUAAGAAGAAGAAGUUGACUCUGAUGGUGGUGGAGGAUGACGACGAGGGCAAGGAACAAGAGCACACCUUUGUUUUCAGGCUUCACAAUGAGAAAGCCUGCAAGCACCUGUGGAAGUGUGCAGUAGAACACCACUCCUUCUUCAGGCUCAAGGCUCCCAGCAAGGGCCCUUCCGGCAGGCAAAGCUUCUUCAGGAUGGGCUCCCGCUUCAGAUACAGUGGCCGGACAGAGUUCCAGACGACGCUACAGCAGAGGACUCGAAGGACGGUCCAAUUUGAACGGAGACCGAGUCAGAGGUUUGCCAGAAGACAGAGUCACGUACAGAGAGAGAGACAGAGAAAAAGCAUGGCCGAACGCAGAGCUGAAGCCAAAGCAACAACAACAUCUGCCGAUUCUACUACUACUACUACCACCGCCACCACUACUACUACCACAGGGAUCGUUACGCCUCCCCCUCCCCCGCCGAUGGAACUGGGGGGGUAGUUUGAGGGUGACGGCUGCAAUUGGCGAGUUAGCAGACACAGACGCACUUCUCGGCAAAAUGAAAAACAUUGACACCAGCACCGCCAGCACCACCACCACCACCACCACCACCCACCGCCUCCACCACCACCACCACCGCCACCACCACCACCCCGCCCCCCCUUAGGGUGAAGGAUGUCAACAUAGUGGUGGUGCCA